AUGGCCAUUGUCAACAAAAUGUUAAUUAAUGGUGACAAAACAAAUGAUGUUGCUGUGAUUGAGAAAAUACUUCGCUCCAUGACUACAAAAUUUAAUUUUGUAGUUUGUUCUAUUGAGGAAGCUCAUGCCAUCCAGGAACUUUCAAUUGAUAAGCUGCAAAGUUCAUUGUUGAUACAUGAGCAAAAAAAUUUCCAGCAAAAGAAGGAGGAGCAUGCAUUGAAUGCUUCUACAGUUAAUCAUCUCACAACUAGAGGAGGUCGUGGUAAAAGAAAAGGUAGAGGCAGAGGUGUAGGUAGAGUAAACAAUGAUCGUGGUUACCACCACCACCAGCACGAGUCUCAUUCCUAA